AUAUAUUAAUUUUUAGCUUGCCAAAGUAACAAUUUUUGGGUACCUACUAACUUCAAGCCUAUAACCAAGAAGAUUUAGCGUUCUGUUUGUAUUUAUAAACAAGGCAAUUAAUUGUUAUUAAAAAUGGAUAAAAGUAAAGAAAAAGAAGAACAAAGUAUAAUGGAUAAGUCCAUGAGAUCGGUUUUUGUGGGUAAUAUUCCUUACGAAGCCACAGAAGAGAAAUUAAAAGAUAUAUUUAGCGAAGUCGGCCCUGUUUUAUCAUUUAAACUUGUAUUUGAUCGUGAGACAGGCAAGCCGAAAGGUUACGGUUUUUGUGAAUAUAAAGAUCAAGAAACAGCUCUUAGCGCUAUGAGAAAUCUUAAUGGUUAUGAAAUUGGUGGUCGUUCCCUUCGUGUUGAUAAUGCUUGUACUGAGAAAUCAAGAAUGGAAAUGCAAGCAUUAAUGCAAGGACCACAGAUUGAAAAUCCUUAUGGUGAUCCUGUUGACCCAGAUAAAGCACCGGAGGCCAUUAGUAAAGCUGUUGCCACUUUACCUCCAGAGCAAAUGUUUGAGCUUAUGAAGCAAAUGAAACUAUGUAUUCAGAAUAAUCCAACUGAAGCAAGGAACAUGCUGUUACAAAAUCCACAACUAGCGUAUGCAUUGUUGCAAGCUCAAGUAAUAAUGAGGAUAGUUGACCCUGCAACAGCAGUUAGCAUGCUACAUCCAAGCAAUCCAGUACCUCCUGUUUUGCAACCAGGGGAUAAGCCUCCACCAACGACUACUUAUAUGCCUACUAGCCAAUCACAAGCACAACAACCACCAUUGUUAAAUAACCCCCCACCACCUCAGAAUCAAUAUGUCCCUCGUCCACCGAUGCAGAUGCAAUCGAUGGGCGGCAUGGACGUGGACCUGCGCAGUACGCGUGCGCCGGCUCCAUUGUUAGAUCAAGACAUGCGCAGCUUGCCGCCCAUGCCGCACCCCGUACCGCCGCCCGCGCCCCACCCGCCCGCUCAGGACACACUUGCCCAAACAACGGAAGUACAAGAAAUCUCAUUUCAACGUGAUCCUCGUCUCGCCAGUAUGCAAACGUUUAAUUCAGACCCGCGCGUGCGGCCCAACGAUCCACGCACGCAACCUAAGAUGCCACAACAACAAAUGCCACCUGGUAUGCCCAGCAUGGCUCAAGCCAGGACCAUACAAGGAAUACCAUCUGGUGCCUCAGAUCAAGAAAAAGCUGCACUGAUUAUGCAAGUAUUGCAACUGUCUGAUGAACAAAUCGCACUACUGCCACCAGAGCAGCGUGCUAGUAUUCUCAUGCUUAAGGAGCAAAUCGCAAAAAGUACUCAACAGCGCUAGAAACCCGCAUUUUAUAUGUGUUCAUGUACUGUACUAACAUAAGGAAUAAAUGUUGACAUGAUAUAUAAAUUUUUAAAUUUA